CACGAAAAUAUGGUGGAGAGGCGUGUUUGUUUGCUCGAAAAAUUUGAAUGAUGCUUUUAUAUGUUAUGGCUACUGGACAACUAAGCGUAUCUGUGGUCUAGAAAACUUGAAGAGCUAAUGCUGUAUCCUUAGUCUUGUUUGGACUUGAAAGAAAAUCCUUUAGAAAUUACUUUAGAAGAGACAGCUCAAGUAAUGUUGCUUUGAAAGCUGGUAGUAAUCUAAGUGGCAAGUAAUUAUUUGGUUGGUUAUGGCCUUGGUAUUUGAAUGAAGCUAAAAUGCAGUAUUCAGUUGGUUUGUAAACUAUUGAUUUUCCUGUUUAAUUAAAACAACCUUCUGCUAGUUUUCCACCUCUGGUGAAGUGUUUGUUUCUUUUGUCUAAUGAAAGAUCCUUAUUUCUCAAUUCCUUUCAAGUUUGUUUUUCCAAAUUUAGGAUUCUUUCUAAACAAAACUUUGACUGGAGCCUGGAAAAGGAGAAUGGAUUUAGCAAUCCUUAUUUUUCAAAGUGAAUGUUAGCCUGAAUGGAACAUGGAAUAGAUUUCAUUAUAUAGCUUAUGACAUUGUUAAAGAACAGAAAUAUGAGAAUAUAUAAACGGGGAAAGAUUCGAGGUAAUUGCUAAACGGUUGUGCCUGGUAUUAGCAAUAUCAUCAUUAAGAAUAUGUACAACCCCAGACCUUCAAGUGGCUGGACACUCCCAAGAGUCCCAACUACUUCCUCUGUUUCUAUAUAGUUGCAACUACACUAUUUCACACACUAAGAAAAAAAAAAUCAAACUUCUUUGUUAUGAGGGCAUAAAUGGGAAGUUCCAUUAUUUUAUUUGGUGGGUGAGAGGUUAGGAGUUAAUAAAUAGAAAAAAUUGAGGCUAUAAAUGUCAUUGCAUACAAAAUUGUUGCAAGUAUUGUGAUGUUUCUGUUUUGGUGAAGUGUUGCAAAUAAAAAGAAACGGAGGAAGUACAAGCUAAGCAAAGUAAACUAAACUUUCACAAUAGUUUUCAUGUUUUCCCUCCGUGUAACCUCUACUAGUAGAGGAUCUGAUAUUCUUUUUCCCUCUUUUCCCCUCUAACUGUGCGUCCUCUUCAAGCAUAAUUCUAAACUAAUUAUGCACUACCAGAGUACCAAUAGUACCCUACUCUUAGUUUUAAAAAGCGCGAAGCGCACCGAAGCGCACAAGGGCCCUAGAGCUAAAGCGCAAAGCGCAAAGCGAAAGCGCGGGCUUUUCGUAGGUGAAGCGCACCUUAAGUGCCAAAAACCUUUAAAAUCCUUUCUAAAACAUAUUUUGUACUUAAAACAAUAUGUUUCUUAUAUUAUAAAUGCAUAAAUUAACAAAAGGAAGCAUAAUUCAUUACUAGACAUCAAACCGGCAUACGUCUAAGAGUCUAAAGUACUAACCAAAGACUUAGAGUAAGUCACAAGCUCACAAAAGUCACAACCAACAUAAGCAAGUAAGUAGAAAGACACUUGGUCACAUUUCUAAAACCUCCUACCAAAUGUUGCUUCAUUCGUAGAGCCCCUCCUUUUGUUACUUUACCACUAAAGCUACAAUGCCAAUUGGUCUUAUUAGUAGGUUCCGGUUUACCAUACUUUCUUGCCGGAUCCACGGUGUCUAAAGAAGGAGUGCUUGAACCCACCUCAUUGGUAGCCAUCCUAAUAUUAAAAGGCAUGAAUUAAAACCAAUUGAAAAGAAACCACAUAGCAGAAAACGUUGCUACUGCCUACUGCCAUUACUUAAAAAAAAAAACAGAAUAAACAUGAAUUAAAAAUGAAUUAAAAAAACAGAAUUAAAAUGAAUUAAAAAAACAGAAUAAAAAAUUGAAUUAAUAAAACAGGAUAAAAAAUGGAAUUAAUAAAAAAACAGAAUAAAAUAACUUGAGUAAAAAAAGUUAAAAAAAACGAAUAAAAACCUAAAUAAAAAAUACAAAACCAGAAACCCCACAACCCCAUUACCCCACAAAUACAUAAGUACGUAACCCGAUAAAAGAACAGAGAAAAUCCAAAAAAAAAAAUGGAGAAACAAAGAACAGAGAAGAUUUUGAAAAAAAUUAUGGAGAAGAAAAGAACAGAGAAGCGAAGAACAGAGAAGAUUUCGAAAAAAAAUAGAAAAGAAAAUGGGGAAGAACAGAGAAGUAGUCGAAAAAAUAAAAAAUUGAAAGAGAAAAUCGAAAAGAGGAAAAAAAAAAGAGAAAUUGAAAGAGAAAUUGAACAUACAUGGAAAUUCGAAAACUUCCGGCGAGAUGGUGGCUGGUGGCUGGAGCAAAUCCGGCAGCAACAAGGUCCCAGGGUUAUUGUGGUGGGUCCCACUGAUUGUGGAAAGAGUGCUUUGUCAAGGAUGCUUCUUAGUUGGGCAGCCAAACAGGGUUGGAAGCCUACUUUUGUGGACUUGGAUAUAGGCCAGGGAAGUAUAACAGUACCUGGGUCCAUUGCAGCUACUCCAAUUGAGAUGCCCAUUGAUCCAGUUGAAGGAAUUCCUCUUGAAAUGCCUUUGGUUUACUUCUAUGGACACACAACUCCUACUGCUAAUGUAGAUUUGUAUAAAUUAGCUGUGAAAGAACUUGCCCAAACACUUGAAAAACAAUUUUCUGGUAAUAGUGAAUCACGAGCUGCUGGCAUGGUGAUCAAUACAAUGGGUUGGAUAGAAGGAGUAGGCUAUGAGAAUCCUUUUUCCUUGCAGCUGCUUCUCCAGGCUAUUGAUAUGUUUAAUGCAGAUGUUGUAUUGGUUUUGGGCCAGGAAAAGCUUUGUAGUAUGCUUAAAGAUGUGCUGAAGAGCAAGACCAAGGUUGAUGUAGUUAAACUACAAAAGUCCGGUGGUGUUGUCUCCCGAACACAAAAAUACCGUCAGAAAUCUAGGGGCUACAGGAUAAGGGAAUAUUUCUAUGGCCUGGCAAAUGAUCUCUCACCUCAUUCCAACAUUGCUAAUUUCAAUGACUUGUCUGUUUACCGAAUUGGUGGUGGACCUCAAGCACCACGUUCAGCUCUGCCGAUUGGUGCAGAGCCUGCUGCAGACCCUACUAGGGUAGUUCCUGUUAACAUCAGCCAGGACUUGCUUCAUGGCGUGCUUGCUGUUUCAUUUGCCAAGGACCCGGAAGACAUUAUUUCUAGUAAUGUUGCUGGGUUUAUUUAUGUUACUGAUGUUGAUGUCCAAAGGAGAAAAUUAACUUACCUUGCACCAUCAGCAGGAGAAUUGCCAAGCAAAAUUUUGAUAUUGGGGACUUUGGCUUGGGUAGAGACUUGAAUUCAAUUUUUGAGGUGCGUCCUUAAUUUCACAACUCACAAGUAACUGAGUAAGGUUGGAACUGCUGACUGCUAUGGGUGAAAAUGUAUGCCAUAUUCCCUCCAACCAGCUUAGAUAUCAUCAUCUUAAGAUAGGAAAUACGAAGUACGGAAACAUGAGUAGAUGUAAAGAAACGGAGAGAAUCUUAAUGCCGUUCUACUUCACCGGUGAUAUAUUAUCGGUGUUUUGUUUAUGUAGUUGAGUACUUGAGUUUUCUAUGCUGGAGGCCUUUGUUGGGCUGUGCAGAGUAGUUCCAAAAUAUAGUUGAUAUAAGUAUUUUUGUAAUUGUGUUUUGACCAAACUAAUUGCAAUAGACUUUAAAGUUUGAAGUGUCA